CGUGUCUCCAAACUUCAUCAACACAGCAACCAGCAGCAGCAGCUGAGUGACAGCUCAGGGCAGGGAAAGUGUUCAGCUGUCUGUCAGCUUUACCACUUCAGUUAGGGCUUGUUGUGCCCCAGUCUCUCACAUUGAGAUUCACACCAUGUCGUUCAUUCUAAUGAAGAAAAAGAGAUUUAAAUUUAAAGUAGACUUCCACUUGGAGGAACUGUCAUCGGUUCCCUUCGUAAAUGGAGUUUUAUUCUGUAAAGUUAGACUCCUAGAUGGAGGCUUUGCCGAAGAGUCGUCUCGGGAGCCUGUCCAAGCCAACUGUGUUCACUGGAAGAAAAGAUUCUCUUUCAUGUGUAAGAUGAGUGCCAAUGCUGGGACAGGUGUACUAGACCCCUGCUUGUGUCGGGUGUCUGUGCGCAAGGAACUGAAAGGUGGAAAAACAUUUGCAAAGCUGGGCUUUGCUGACUUAAACCUGUCUGAGUUUGCUGGUUCUGGCAGCACUACACGACGGUGUCUCCUAGAGGGAUAUGACACCAAGAACACCAGACAGGACAACUCAAUUCUGAAGGUUGUCAUCACCACACAACUUAUGUCUGGGGACCCGUGUUUUAAAACGCCCCCAUCUACAGCUAUGACUCUGGGAAUCCCACAGGCGGAAGCAGAAUGUCUCCUUGAGGACAGAAAGGGAGGGGACAUGCACAUAUCUCAUUCACUCACUGAGACUCCAGGAAAGUCAGUAUCAGUCCCAGAGGAGCUGAUAGCGUACGGUCACUCAAGAACACCCAGCUAUACAAGUCAGCAGUCAAAAAUCUCAGGUUACAGCUCAAAUCACUCCAGUUUAACAGAUCUAAGCCAUCGGAGGAGCGCAUCAGGAGGUUCUGCCUCCACAGGCAUCGGCAGCAUCCUGGAGCCCAGUGAUCAGCACGGCGAGAGAGGAGAGCGGGAGAGCCGGACCACUCCCCCCGUCUCUGCAACCUGUCACCAUGCACCUGAACAACCCUCUACCCCUGCUAAAGUUCCACGACAUCCAGUAAAGCAGAACUCAAUGGAGAAUCAGCUGAAGAGAGUUAAUGCCACAAGGGUGGAUGCUGAUGACAUAAUAGAGAAAAUCCUGCAGAGCCAGGAUUUCAGCCAUGGCUUCUUGGACUCCAGUGCAGAGGAGGAGGGUCUCAGCCUGUUUGUUGGUCCUGGUGGGAGUACAGCCUUGGGAAGCCAACACAGUAGGGUCGCAGCUGGAGCCUUUGAGCAGGUGGUGAUCAAGCGCUAAGCUUUGGGAAGCAUGUGUCUGUCAUAAAGGGUGCCAUAUUACACUGAUGUGGGGGACACAAGACUGAGUAAUGGAGGUGCCAUCAGAAUUUGCUCUCGCCUCCCUCCAGGAGAUUUAAUUUCUCUUAUGCAAUCCCUCUGCAUCUGACCUACAGAGUCUGUAGACCACGAGAGCCCCCUAGUGUUCAAGAAGUGGAUGUGAAGGCCACAUUAAUGGGACUUAUUGGUGACUGAAUUGGUGUACUGAUUGAAAACUGUCAAGGGGUUAGUACUGUAGUUGUACACACAUUGUUCAACCAUGUUCGUGACAUUUGAGCUGUUAAGGGGGGGUCCCUGUUAUUUAAAAAACUAUGUUAAAGUAUCAAACAUGUUUUUACUUUGGUAUGGUUUAUUUUGUUUCACCAUUUUACAUGUACCGUAAGUAGCUGGGGGGGGUGAUUGUGUCUGUUCCUUGAAGUCUCAUAUAUUUAAAGUAAUAAAAAACUACUUACAGUGGUUGUAAAACCAUUGUGUGUCAGUAGGUCAAGCCUGUUCCACAUAACCACCUCUGUUCACCUGGUUGUGAGGGAGGAUGACUGCAUUUAAAGUACCAUUCAGUGUGUAUGUUUUGUGUGCAUGCAUGUUUAUGUCUGUUUUCUGAAAAGUCAAAAGAAAUGAAUAUAUUUUUACCACCUAUUUUGUAAAUGUGCAAAACGGUAUAUUUUAUAUGUAUAUUUUCAGCAUAUAAAAAGUCUUAUCAGUAGUAUGUAAACUAUGUAUGUACUGAAAGUAAACUGUGUAAAGCACAUAAUGUUUUUAAGUAUUUAAGGCCUAAUAAAAUGUACAUUUUAAA